AUGUUUCAAUUUUUCAGACGCAAACCCGAUGAUACAAAAGGCGUUCUGACAAGUAAUACCAGCAACGUUACGUCGAGCGACUGGAACUAUCUCAACAAACCUGAUGUGGUGCAGGAGCGGCCGGGACUGUGCUUUGCGUAUAAAAUCAUGGAAGCACAGAAAAAGGGUGUACUUGGACCCAUCGAGUUUGUCCUGUUCGAGAAAGACGACGAUUACAGCGGCACAUGGCACGCAAACCGUUAUCCUGGUUGUCGAUGUGAUAUUCCAAGUGCGGCCUACCAGUACUCGUUUGCACCCUACGCAGACUGGCCAGAAUAUUAUUCCUAUGCGGGUGAAAUCAAGAAAUAUUUCAAAAUCUUUGCCCAAAAAUUCGGAAUUGUACCUUUCAUUCGGCUUCGACACAAAGUCACUGAAGCGAUAUAUAACAAUGAUCUCGGAACGUGGGAUAUAACAGUGGUGAACUUGGGGACGUCGGAAGUCGAGACGAAAUCUUAUGAUGUAUUUUGCCCGGCCACUGGUGUCUUAAGCAAUGUAAAUCGUCCAGCGAUUCCUGGUCUGGAGUCGUUCACGAAAGCGCGGGUUUUUCACACUGCUGAGUGGCCUGUCGAUCUUGAUUGGCAGAACGCUUUCAAAGACGAACGCGUUGCCGUAAUAGGUAUUGGUUCUUCCGGUCUUCAGACUAUAGGUGCCAUUGCUCCGCAUUGCAAGAAUCUCGAUAUCUAUGGUAGAUCUAAAUUUUGGGUCGUUCCGACCCUUUUUACGCUUAGCACUCCCCAAGGCCGUGAAUGGCACAACGAUAACUUCUUCUACACGAAAGAGGAGAAAGCUGAUUUUAUCAAGAAUCCAGAGACCCUGUACCGCCAUCUCAAGGAAGUUUCCUGCCUCCAUUAA